CAGAUACAAAAAGACAGGAGGCUGGGAUAUACGCAUGUUUACAGUCUGGAGCACCUAGAUUGACUGCGUCUUCCUGAGUCUUCCUCUCUUGGCAGUUGGGUUUUAUUGAGAAGGAGCUGAGGAAUUGUUGGUUCUGAUAACAGGGCUUCUACUUUCUGCAUUGUGAGAGUAUACUUCUCUACUCUUAUUGUGCCUCUCUGUAAAGGCCUAAAGGCUGCAGCUGUCACCUCUUGUCAGAAUGAGGUCCCUGGCCCUCAGCCUCUUCUGCCUGUUGUGCUGUAAUGCAGUUCGACUGGACAGACGGCGUCCCAGACCCAUUACAGCCAGAGGGCAAAAUGAGACUAGUGCCCAAACCACAGCAGUGGAGAAUCCUUGCAAACCCAUCCCGCUGGAUUUCGUCUUUGUCAUCGACAGCUCCCGAAGCAUCCGCACGAAUGACUAUGAAAAGGUGAAGACCUUCAUCAUCAACCUGCUUCAGUUCCUUGAGAUCGGCUCUGAUGCCACUCGGGUUGGUCUGCUGCAGUAUGGCAGCGUGGUCCAGCCAGAGUUCUCCCUCAGCACCUACACCACCAAGGCAGAGGUGGAGCAGGCGGUGAGGAACAUGCAGCACCUUGCCACAGGAACAAUGACCGGUCUGGCCAUCCAGUACACAAUGGAGACAGCCCUCACUGAGGAAGAGGGUGCACGACCAGCAAACCUGCACAUCCCACGAAUCGCUAUGAUUGUGACUGAUGGGCGGCCUCAGGACAAGGUGGAUAAGAUUGCAGCACAGGCGAGGGAGGCCGGCAUCCAGAUCUUUGCUAUCGGAGUGGGCAGGGUGGAUAUGAACACUCUGAAGGCCAUAGGGAGUGAGCCACACUCUGAGCAUGUGCACCUGGUGGCCAACUUUAGCCAGAUAGAAACCCUCAUCUCUGUGUUCCAGUCCAAACUGUGUGGAGGUUCGGAGAUGUGUGAGGUGGUGGACCAUCAGUGCCAGCACAUCUGUGUGAGCAGCCCUGCAUCAUACAGGUGCAAGUGCAGGAACGGCUUCAUCCUCAACCCCGAUGGCAAGACAUGUAAAGCUGAGGAUAUGUGUGCUGUCGUGGAUCAUGGUUGUAAACACAUCUGUGCCAACAUACCUGAUGGCUAUGAGUGCCGCUGCCGUCCAGGAUAUCAACUCAACAUAGACCUGAAGACAUGCAACAAAAUAGACUACUGUGACCUGGGGAACCAUGGCUGUGAGCACGACUGUGUCAGCGUUCCAGAGUCCUACUUUUGCAGGUGUAAGAAGGGCUACGUCCUCAAUCAGGAUGGCAAGACUUGCAGCAAGAUUGAUCACUGUGCUGUUGGCAGCCAUGGGUGUGAACAGGAGUUCAUGAAUACAGAAGAUGCCUGUGUGUGUAAAUGCAGGAAAGGCUACACGCUCAGACCUGAUGGGAAAACAUGCAAGAAGAUAGACCAUUGCGCUGAUGGAAAACACGGCUGUGAACAGGAGUUUAUGAAUACAGAAGCUUCAUGUGUAUGUAAAUGCAGAAAUGGAUUCACACUCCGACCUGAUGGAAAAACAUGUCAAAGUCUGGAUCUGUGUCAGACAGUGGACCAUGGCUGCGAACACCAGUGUGUCAGCACCACUGACGCCUACAUCUGCAGAUGUUUUGAAGGAUUUAUGUUGGCUGAAGAUGGGAAGAGCUGUAAAAAGCCCGAGUGUGGCGAUGGAGUCAUGGAUCUGGUUUUUGUAAUCGAUGGCUCUAAGAGUCUGGGCCCUGCCAACUUUGAGCUGGUCAAGCGAUUUGUAAAGGGCAUUGUGGACUCGCUGGACAUUUCCAGGACAGGCACACAUGUUGGCCUUCUUCAGUACUCCACCAAGGUCCGCACAGAGUUCACCCUGGGCCAGUACACCACAGCGCAAGGCAUCAAACAGGCUGUGUCCCGGAUGCAGUACAUGGGGAGAGGCUCCAUGACUGGCUCAGCCUUACGUCACAUGUUUGAGUUUAGCUUUUCAGCUAAAGAAGGAGCAAGGCAGAACAUCCCACAUAUCGGCAUUGUGUUUACUGAUGGGAGAUCACAGGAUGAUGUGUCCGAAUGGGCUACUAAAGCAAAGAAAUCUGGGGUCACAAUAUAUGCCUUGGGUGUUGGCAAAGCCAUUGAACAGGAGCUGAGAGAAAUAGCUUCAGAGCCUGAUGAGAAGCACCUUUUUUACGCUGAAGAUUUGGAGAACAUGGGGGAAAUUACAAAAAAGCUCAAGUCCAGGAUAUGUAAAGACAAACCAUCUGAUGAAGACAUGUGCCAGUGUGAGAACGUGAUAAUGUUUCAAAGCCAGGUCACUGAGAAGCUGAAAAACCUGUUAGAGAAUAUUGAAGCCAUGUCAAAGAAGCUGGAGACACUCGAGAAUCAACACGUGCGCAAAUGAAAGGCUCGAUGAGAGACUCGAGCAUCCAUCCUCUGACCUGCAGUGUAGCAUCAGCAGGAAACCUCUGAUCCUGCUCAGCAAGCUGCACUAAAACAUAUGCAAAUGAAAUGCUUUCUACUGCUAUUUAAACACUUUGUAUACAACAAACUUUUGUCUGUAAUGUUCUUUUUUUAUGUAAUGCAAAAUCAACUCUUUGCACAGUAAACUGACAAAUAAACAUUUUACACAUUUA